AUGAGCGUCGUUUCCAUCCCCAUUAGGCUGAGUCUCCGACUCAGAGGCUCGCAGCAGCUAACGAGGGGUCUGGGCUCGCUGCAAGCUGCUACACCAUGGGAGAAGGUGCUGCUGCAGCAGCAGCAGCAGCAGCAGCAAACCCAGCAGCUGCAGCAGCAGCAGCGACACCAGCAGCAACAGCAACAGCAAGAAGCCGUUGGCUGCAUGCAAAAUUUGCUCCGCUCAAGGAGGUUCUUUCAUGCUGCUGCUGGCGGGCGCAUGGUGGUGGAAUGUCCGUCUAUGGGCGACUCAAUUACUGAGGGCACCCUGCAAGACUGGAAGUGCACUGCAGCACCACCUCCUGAAGAGGAGCGCCCAGCAAAAGAGCCUGCUGCUGCUGCUCCUGCUGCUGCUGCUGCUCCUGCUGCUGCUCCUCCCCCUUCAUCUGCUGCCCCCGCUGCAGCAGCAGGAGCUUCUGCUCCUGCUGCAGAAACGGGAGCUGCUGCUGCUGCGCCUCGCUCUACGAGGCCUGCUGCAGCUGCUGCUCCAGCAGCAGCACCAGCAGCACCAGCUGCUGCUCCUGCUGCUGCUGCACCGAUGCCUGUCUUCGUGUCUGGGGAGCGUGUGGAGAGACGGGUGCCGAUGUCUCGGCUAAGACAGCGGGUAGCAGUUCGCCUGAAAGAAGCGCAGAACACAAACGCAAUGCUCACCACUUUCAAUGAGUGCGACAUGAGUGCUCUGAUGGCGCUGCGCAACGAACUGAACGCCGAAUUUCAAGCGAAGUACGGGGUGAAGAUGGGUUUUGUUUCUGCCUUUAUGAUGGCCUCAGCCCUUUCCCUUAUGAAAUUCCCGGCUGUCAAUGCAAGUGCGUGCAGCAGCAGCAGCAGCAGCAGCAACAGCAGCAGCAACAGCAAUAGCAGCAGCAGCACCAGUAGCAGCAGCAGCAAUAGCAGGACUAACUAA